GAUGUGAGGCGUGCGAGGUGGCUGUGCCCCCCUAGCACGGACAGACGGACACACGCACGGACAGACAGGCAGACACACACACACGCAGAAACACAGACACACGCGCACCCCGCCUUGCCUUGCGCUGCGUGCGGGUGCAACCCCGGAGGCGAUCCUGGAGAACAACCUUUCCCUGUCGCUGUUGCCGGCUCCCGCAGGGCUGGACCCGGGGAGCUGCGUGGCGGAGCAAACUUCCCCCAAAGGGCUGAGCUCGCCAGCCUGGUGCCUGCAGCCGGAGCCGGCCUCCGGCUUGGCGGGCAGGGGCCAGGUGUCCUGGAACAAGUGCGGCCCGGGGGGAGACUGGCUGCCCGGAAGCAGGCAGAAGGUCUGCGACCAGAUGGGCUCCGACGUCCGAGACCUCAACGCUUUGCUGCCCUCCGUGCCCUCCCUGCCGGCCAACAGCAACUGCACCAUGCCGGUGAGCAGCGCGGCGCAGUGGGCUCCCGUCCUGGACUUCCCCCCGGGGGCCUCCUAUGGCUCGCUGGGGCCGCACUCCUUCAUCAAGCAGGAGCCGAGCUGGAACGGGUCGGACCCACACGAGGAGCAAUACCUGAGCGCCUUCACCGUCCACUUCUCCGGACAGUUCACCGGCACGGCCGGGGCUUGCCGCUACGGGCCCUUCGGCGCCCCGCCGCCCAGCCAGCCGCCCUCCGGACAGGCUAGGAUGUUCCCCAACGGGCCCUACCUGCCCAACUGCUUGGAGAGCCAGCAAGCGAUCCGCAACCAGGGUUACAGCACCGUGGCGUUUGACGGGACCCCGAGCUAUGGCCACACGCCAUCUCACCACGCCGCUCAGUUUACAAACCACUCCUUCAAACACGAGGACCCCAUCAGCCAGCAGCCCUCGUUAGGGGACCAACAAUACUCAGUGCCUCCCCCGGUGUAUGGCUGCCACACACCCACCGACAGCUGCACGGGCAGUCAGGCCCUUCUCCUCCGGGCACCCUACAACAGUGACAAUUUAUACCAAAUGACGUCACAGCUCGAAUGCAUGACAUGGAAUCAAAUGAACUUGGGAUCUACACUGAAGGGCCAUACAACAGGAUAUGAAAAUGAGAACCACAGUGCUCCCAUGUUAUACAGCUGUGGGGCCCAAUACAGAAUACACACCCAUGGAGUUUUUAGAGGCAUACAAGAUGUCCGGCGGGUGCCCGGAGUCGCUCCCACUAUUGUCCGAUCAGCAAGCGAGACGAAUGAAAAACGUCCCUUCAUGUGUGCCUACCCUGGCUGCAACAAGAGAUACUUUAAGUUGUCCCAUUUACAGAUGCACAGCAGAAAGCACACUGGUGAAAAACCUUAUCAGUGUGAUUUUAAGGACUGUGAACGGAGAUUUUCUCGUUCAGACCAACUCAAACGGCACCAAAGACGACACACAGGUGUGAAGCCCUUCCAGUGUAAAACCUGUCAGAGAAAGUUCUCCAGAUCUGAUCAUCUGAAGACUCAUACCAGGACUCAUACAGGUAAAACAAGUGAAAAGCCUUUCAGUUGCCGGUGGCCCAGCUGUCAAAAAAAAUUUGCCAGGUCUGAUGAAUUAGUUCGUCAUCACAACAUGCACCAGAGGAACAUGACUAAACUACAGUUGGCCCUUUAGGCAGUUCAAACAAGUGAAUAAACCAGAUGGGACAUUAUGAGCUACUGCAAACUUUAUCAGCCAUCUUCGAACACCUCUGUCAGAAAGCUGCAG